CUAGGCAAUCCAUGUUCUUUCAUGUUAUCCAAUAGCAAAAUCCAAUUUUGCAUAAAUAGCAACAUAUCUUUAUUCUUAUGUUUAAUUUGUCCCUUGCUUAUUUCUCUCAAAUCCUAGUAUUUUUUUCGCCUUUUUUUUUUCCCUUCUCUCAUUUUUUCUCAUUCUUUUUAACAAUGAAUGUUACAAAUGACCACCAUAAACAUGAUCAUUUAUCAACUCCCACCGUCGAUCUUAAAUCACCUCUUCUUCCAAUCAAUCUCAACAAUCUUAAUCAAGAGGUUUCCCCCUCUCUUAUUCUGUCCCUUGCCACACCUAAUACAUUCUUUGUGUUCCUAGGACCCUUAUUAUGUGGGUUAGUAUGCUUGUUUGUGAAAGUUGGUGAGUUAGACUCAAGUAGAAAUAUGUUAGGCAUCCUUACAUGGAUUUUCACGUGGUGGCUUACCGAGGCGGUCCCUAUGCCGGUCACCUCCAUGUCACCGCUGUUUCUUUUUCCGAUGUUCGGUAUCGCCUCCGCCGAUGUGGUUGCCAAGUCUUAUAUGGAUGAUGUUAUUUCUCUUGUGCUUGGUAGUUUCAUUCUUGCUCUUGCUGUUGAGCAUUACAAUAUUCACAAGAGAUUGGCCUUGAACAUAACUCAGCUAUUCUGCGGAGACCCGAUAAAUCCUCCCCUCUUACUCCUAGGAAUCUGUGCCACGACGGCAUUUGUCAGCAUGUGGAUGCACAACGUGGCAGCCGCCGUGAUGAUGAUGCCAGUUGCCACAGGGAUCCUACAACGACUUCCAACGACAAGGACGGGGCAAAACGAUGCCGUGGACAUGUUCUGUAGGGCAGUGGUGUUAGGGGUAAUAUACUCUGCAGCUAUUGGUGGAAUGUCUACGUUGACAGGGACAGGUGUCAACCUGAUAUUGGUUGGAAUGUGGAAGAGCUAUUUUCCUGAAGCGGGCCCCAUUAGCUUCAAUACUUGGUUCUUCUUUGGGUUUCCUUUGGCCCUCAUCAUCUUCUUCUUUAUGUGGGGUGUUCUUUGUUGCUUGUAUUGCAAAAGAGAGGCAUCAAGUGCUCUUGCCAAUUAUUUGGAUAAGGCUCAUCUUAAGAGAGAACUUGAUUUGUUAGGUCCAAUGUCCUUUGCAGAAAAGAUGGUGUUGUUUGUGUUCUCGGGGCUGAUUGUUCUAUGGAUGACAAGGAACUUGACUGAUGAUCUUCCUGGAUGGGGAUCUCUUUUUAAAGGAAGAGCUGGUGAUGGUACUGCUAGUGUGUUGAUGGCAACUUUAUUGUUCAUAAUACCAAACAAGAGGAGAAAGGGAGAAAAAUUAAUGGAUUGGAGCAAGUGCAAGAAGCUCCCUUGGAACAUAGUCCUACUACUAGGCGCUGGAUUCGCAAUAGCGGAUGGAGUUCGUACGAGUGGCCUCGCCGAUGUCCUCUCAAAGGCUUUAGACUUCCUCGAGGCCGUCCCAUUUUGGGCAAUCACCCCAGCAGUAUGCCUCAUUGGUGGAACCAUAACCGAGUUCACCUCCAAUAAUGCCACCACAACAUUACUAGUUCCCCUACUCAUCCAAAUUGCACAAACCAUGCACUUGCAUCCACUCUUGCUCAUGGUCCCUGGGGCGAUCGGAGCGCAGUUUGCUUACUUACUUCCUACUGGAACCCCCUCCAAUAUUGUUGGCUUUUCAACUGGGCAUAUUGAUAUUAAGGAUAUGCUCAAAGUUGGCCUUCCUUUGAAGAUUGCUGGCACCAUUGUUUUAUCUCUUCUCAUGCAUACUCUUGGAGCCUACGUCUUUGGAACGAGUAAAGUGGUGAUGUACCCUUUAACUUGGCGCAGCUUAUAAGCAUUCAAGUUUUGUACAAGUCUGUGUAUAACUUUCGUCAAGGAUUACUCUAGCAGGGAACAGCAUUUUGGCUGAUUUCUUGUAUACAUAGUUGUAUAAUAUAGCAUCAUGAGCCAGAGAUCAAAGAUGCAUAUUCCAUUGAAUAGGUUGUCAUAUUAUGGUAUAAUAUAAACUAGUAAUAUGACAACUAAAUUUGUAUAGAAUAGUACAUUCCUGAUUAGCCUUGCUGCUAGAGCUAGAUUAUUGGUUCCUCCUCAAUUCUACUUGAGGGACCUUUUGUGAUUGUAUGAUAGAUUGAGAACAUGUCUUGUAAGAAAUAUGUACAUUUUGGUAAUAUCUGGAAAGUACUUUCAUACCAACAUCAUGAAACUUUGAUUUA